AUGGCACAAUUAUCUCCCGCGGGUGAAAUAUGGGCCGCUAUCCACCGGCGCUGCCUCUGUACCGGACGUAUGGAGCCGUACGGGAAAAUAGUGUCGACGAAGGCCAUCCUGGACAAGAACACAAACCAGUGCAAAGGCUAUGGCUUUGUGGACUUUGACAGCCCGGCUGCAGCGCAGAAGGCCGUGUCAUCUCUCAAAGCCACUGGGGUCCAGGCCCAAAUGGCCAAGGGACAGAGGGAGGAGAGGCUCAUAAUGAAGACACCUAAAGGACACUUCCCCCUGAGCCCCCUGCUGCCACUCACCUGCAGACCUGAGCCCCCUGAUGAGACCACACAGAGUCCCAAAUAG